GCUCAGCAUCUGAUCUCUCUCAGUAACACAGCACAGCUCAGCAUCUGAUCUCUACAGCUGGAUUUGGCUUGUCGGAAUUGUUGGAACAGCAUCAGGAUUAAAAGCACUUUGUAUCGAUUGGGAGCUGUUUGCUGUGUUUGGCAGAAUGGUGGUGGUGCACAGCGUUUCUCCUCCAGCAGAAGGAGUAAAACAUGAGGAGUUAGACAUUACUGCUGUGCUGGAUGGAAAGAGACUCGGUUCAGGAACGCUUUGUGUUGCAGAAAGUCUUGUAUCAUGGUUUGAUGGAUCAGGAGUGGGAUUUUCUCUGGAUUAUCCCUCCAUCACCCUCCAUGCCAUCUCUCGAGACCUGAGUUCUUACCCUGCUGAACAUCUAUAUCUGCAGGUCAACUCUAAACAUCAAGAAGAUUCCAAAGGUAACAUAAAGAAAGCCAAGGAUGAAGCAGAUGGCAGCAGUGACAAUGAUGAGGCUGCUGCUGAUGAUGAUGAUAGUGAUGAUGAUGAUGAUGAUGCAAGUGUUUUUACUGAGAUCCGCUUUGUUCCAGGCAAUAAAGCUUCUUUAGAGCAGAUGUUCUCAGCCAUGUCUGAAUGCCAAGCCCUGCAUCCAGAUCCGGAUGACUCUGACUCAGAUUUUGACGGGGACGAGUACGACGUCGAGGAGGCGGAACAAGGCCAGAUCGAUCUGCCCACAUACUACUCGUUUGAGGAGGGCAUGUCCCAGCUAACAGUGGAAGGUCAGGCCACACUGGAGCGGUUGGAGGGAAUGCUGGCUCAGUCCUCUGCCCAACAGAGCUGCAUGGCUGGAGUCAGGACUGAUGACGUACCACCUGCAAUAGAUAAUGGGUCAAAUGCGGAUUCAGGUGCUCUUCAAGUGUCGGGGCAGUUUGACGAUGCUGAAGUUAAUCACUGAUGGAACAAACGGCCUCUUGUUUUUUCUGCCCAAAAGCACUUGAAAUGGAGCUGGAACAGACUAGCAGGGGGAGACGCUCAGCUGUGUAAUGGAAGCCAAAGCACUGGGCUCUGUGAAUGUUAAACCACUAACCACUGCACAAUUGUUGGCUAAUACCAGUCCUCCCCAUUGUGAUGCCAACACUGGCAUGUUGUCAUUUCUGUGUAACUUUUGUAUUUAACUUUUUUAUUUUAUAAAAACGAAUAGUUUAUACUAAUGUGCAUUCCUGUAAUGUAAUAAAUAAAGUUGAAACUAAUCCUA